AUGGAAAGGGAUCAAGAACAAGAUAAGGGGAUGAUGAAUGAAACUAGGCCGAGCAAUAUUGACAUCCCAAAAGCUGUUUCUCCAGUUUCUUUCGCAGCUGAUCAGGAAGAAACCGUCCGGCGACCUCGUGGCCGGCCGGCCGGAUCCAAGAACAAGCCAAAGCCACCCAUUAUUGUGACUAGGGAUAGUGCUAAUGCCCUGAAAGCUCAUGCACUGGAAGUGACUUCUGGGUGUGAUAUCAAUGAAAGUUUGGUCAACUUUGCAAGAAGGAAGCAGAGAGGGAUUUGCAUACUCAGCGGAACUGGUUGUGUCACAAAUGUAACACUGCGCCAGUUAGCUUCUUCUGGUGCAACAGUGACGCUUCAUGGUAGGUUUGAGAUUCUCUCCCUUCUGGGUUCAAUCCUGCCGCCGCCGGCUCCGCCGGGGAUCACCGGACUGACCAUUUACCUUGCCGGAGCUCAAGGGCAGGUUGUGGGUGGUGCUGUGGUGGGUGCCCUGGUUGCUUCAGGUCCUGUGGUGAUUAUGGCUGCUUCGUUCAUGAAUGCUACCUUUGAUCGUCUUCCAUUAAUGGAGGACGACGAGAUCAUUGCUCAGAAUCAGCAUUACCAGAACAAUGGUCGAAGCCAUCAUCAUCAUCAUCUUCAUCAUCACCACCUUGAUGCCUCAGAUUUGUAUGGAAUGCCUCAGAACUUGCUCACAAAUGGCACAAUCCCUCCUGAGAUAUACUCAUGGACUACUCCUGGCCGUAACUUCUCAAAAGCCUGA